UCCACACAAACACUUCCUCCUCUCUCCUCUCUCUCUCUCUCUCACACAUACACACACACUCAAGUGUCAUUUUCUCACAUAUACUUCACACAAAAGAAACAACCAUUCACUACAUACUACCUUGUCAUUGAUUUUUCUCUCUCUAUAUCUCUCUCAAAAAUCUUUGCAAAAUCUGCUUAACCUCAAACAAUUGAAACAACAUUCUCAACCAAAUCCCAGAAAUCUCUUCCUCAAAUCCUCCAUACCCUUUUCUUUUUCCUCCCUUACUCCCAAUAAUUUUUUUAAGGAGAGCUUUCUCUUUUUUUUGUUAUCUUCUUUGUCUUAAAGAACAAGAACUAGGGUUCAUCAUCACCGACUGAAGAAUCUCUCUUCAAGAAGAAGAAAGAAUAAGUUAUAUAUAUAUAUAUAAAGGUCUCUUUCCAUGGAGCUGUUUCCUGCUCAGCCCGAUUUAUCUUUACAGAUAAGUCCUCCGAACAGCAAACCAUCAUCAACAUGGCAGAGAAGAAGAUCAACAACGGAUCAAGAAGAUCAUGAGGAACUCGAUUUAGGGUUUUGGAGAAGAGCUCUCGAUUCAAGAACGUCUUCUCUCGUCUCUAAUUCAAGCUCAAAGCCAACCAAUCACCCAUUCCAAGACCUCUCGCUCUCUAACAACUCUCAUCAUCAUCAACAACAACAAAACCAUCAUCAUCAUCAUCAGCCUCACCUUCUCCCUAAUUGCAACGGCUCUAACAUCUUGUCCUCUUUCCAGUUUCCGACACAACAGCAUCAACAACAACAACAACACUUACAAGGGUUUCUUGCUCACGACCUUAAUACUCACUUAAGACCAAUCAGAGGAAUCCCACUUUACCACAACCCUCCUCCUCCUCAACAUCAACAUCACCGUCCGCCGCCGCCAUGCUUCCCUUUCGAUCCGUCGUCUUUAAUUCCCUCUUCUUCACCGUCUCUCACCGGAAACAACAAUAGCUUUAAUACUAGUAACGUUAGUAACUCCGGUUUGAUUACAAACCCUAAUUACCACAAUCAUCACCACAACCAUCACCAGACUCUGAACAGAGCGAGAUUCAUGCCAAGAUUCCCGGCUAAGCGAAGCAUGAGAGCUCCUCGGAUGCGAUGGACCACCACUCUCCAUGCCCGGUUCGUUCACGCCGUUGAGUUACUCGGUGGCCAUGAAAGAGCUACGCCUAAAUCAGUUCUUGAGCUCAUGGAUGUCAAAGAUCUUACUUUGGCUCAUGUUAAAUCCCAUUUACAGAUGUACAGAACAGUGAAGACAACCGACAAAGCAGCAGCUUCGUCAGGACAAUCUGAUGUUUACGAGAAUGGUUCGUCGGGAGAUAAUAACUCAGACGAUUGGAUGUUCGAUAUGAAUCGAAAAUCUAGAGAUAGCGAGGAAAUGACGAAUCCGACGACAGAGAAAUCAAAUGGUCUAUGGACCAAUUCUUCCGGAGAAGCACGUUUGCAUGGGAAGCUAAUCGAUAAUGUUGCAGAAAUUAUGCUACCUUCUGAGAAGGAAAUAGAUGGGAAGUGUUCAAGUUAUGAGAGGAUAUCAUCAGAAGAGAUGAGCUCAUCAAGCAUCUCGGGAACAAGUCCAUUCAAGCCAAAUCUUGAGUUUACUUUGGGUCGUUCUCACUAAAAUUUCUUGUGUAGCUAGCUAGUAAUUAAUUAGUAUCAGUUAAUUAACUUCUAUUUUGGCUAAUGCUAGUUCGAUAUUCAUAUCAAUUCAAUAAGUUUUUUUCUUAAAAGCUUAUUAAAAUCACACUGUCCUCUUGAAAGGUUGACAAACACUGUUCUUUUUCCUUCUCUAUUGAGAAGAGCUAUGAAAUAAUCAACUAC